AUGAAUAAAUCAAUUAAUCUUCCAUUAGAUCAAAGCCUCUAAACUUCAUUUGGAGAAUUUGUCUAUCAAGGCUCGAAACAAUAUCAACGACUCAUCUUCAUGUUGAUGUUUAUUUAUUCAAUAACAAGAUUAUUAUCAACUCUUUUUGGAGAUAAAAAUUACUAUUUUAUAGGUGGAGGGGGUUUUGUUAUACAAACUAUAUUAUCAAUAGCCAUAUCGAUAAAAGGGAAACUCUUCAUAAAGAAAAUAGCUAUUUAAAUAACUUGUGUUAUAUUUAGUUUAAUGUAGAUUCAAGUUUAUGAAACAAAGAAUUUUUAAGAGAUUUAUGAUAACUCACAAUUGCUGAUGAUAUUUAAUCUUAUAGUUUAUGGUUUUAUCGAUUUUAACAUGGUUUUGAUCCAAGUUAUCGCUGGCUUAGGAAUUAAAAUUUGGAUUUCGAUAGUCAAAGAUGGAUUUAAUAUAUAUUCUUUGAUUUACUAAUUGAUAGGGGAUUUUGCAAUUAUCUUAUAUGGCUAUUAUAACCAUAAGAUGUUGAAGAAAGGUUUUCGUUAACAUUGCUUUGACAAUCAGUUAUGUAAAUAAAUUGAUUAUACAAUAGUUCGCUUUCUACCAUUUUUAAUAUAAAAUUAAUUCUUGUUGAUAAAUUUUGAUGAAAAAUCCUAGUAAUUUAAUUUGAAAUUCAGCAAUAAAAUAACUUCGAUUAUUUGGGAUGAUUCAAAUGCCCCUACCAAAAACUUAAGGAUUUUCUUAAGGAAAUACUAUUUUGAAUAGAAUUCCUUGGAGUAAUUUAUCUUGUAAAGGAUUCCUAAGUUUAAGGAGGAAUUUGAUUAUUUCUUUACAAAGAGCUUUAAUGUUACAGGUUUAGAUUUAAAGGAUCACUUAAAUAUCAAUUACACUGAAUGCUUUUUGGGUGAGAAAUACUACCUGAUUACUUUUAAUGGGUAGAAUUUGGAAUAAUAACAAUUUGAAAGGAUACAAGAAUAGUUGAUGGAAUGUUUAAACUCAAAUUAAUCUAUUACUGUGAGUUUUUUAAAAAAAUAAUUAUUUUAAUUAUCAAACUUGAAAUUGAGUUAAAAUGUUCAACAAUAGAUUUCCAAGUUAAAACUCCAUUGCAUGUAUUUUCUUGGGCAGUUUAAUUAGGUUAACAGCUUUGCAGAAGUUGAUUUUCGUCUCAAAGAUAUUAAUGUGAGUAAAUUAUUGAAAUAAAUGACUCAUUUAUUUUGCAAUGCUUAUAACACUUAAAAUUUUGAGUUGGUUUCUUUAGAAUUUUAGGACAUUUACAUAAAGAGCAAUGAGGAAUUGCUGCAGACGUUUAUUUUAAUCAUUUAUUAGAUGAUAAUUAGGCUAAAAUCGAUAGAUCUGAAAAAUAUCAUAUAAUUUGGUGUUGAUUACAAGAAUAAUCAAUUAAUAUUUAUAUAAUUCUAAACUGAAUGCUACUCAUAGUUAAAGUUUGAAUUGGAAUAGAAUCCCUUGUUUAAGAAAAUACAAAGAAGGCUUUGUCCUAAUCUCGAGAUUCAUAUUAUAAAUAACAGUAAGUAAUCUCUUUAUAUUAAAGCUCUAAAACUGUUUCUGUAUUAAAACCAAGAAGCUUUAGAAUAAAUUCGCAAGAUUCAAGAAGAAAUUAUUUGA